AUGAGUGACAGUGAAACCCCUCGUAGACCGUUAAGUAGCGUUCAACGUAGAAAUAUUCUGGACGCGCUUACAGGAUCCCAUAGCAGAGAAGACGAGGAGGGUCAACAAUUUCCAACUAUAGCCCAACAGAAACAAGCACAGCAGGCGCUGAAUACAAAGCGCAGAAUGGCCCAAAGCUUGGAGAUUUUAUCCGAUCGGCAGGCACUUCUAACCGAGAAGUUGCUGCGAAUGAAUGCUGCGCUGCAAGAAGAAGGUAUCAGCGUUCAUCUGCUUAAGCUUCACGUAGAGACUUUACGCCGGGCAUCAGAUGAGUUCGAAAAAGUGUAUUCCGAAAUGGUCAGCCUUCUGCCGAGGGAACAGCGGAAUGAGCUGCGUGUCGAAUAUUCCAACUUCGAAGAGCUGCAUAACGAAAUCUACGUCAAGCUACAGACGCGGAUUGACCAAGUGCAACAGCUGAAAGUCCAAGAGCUCCAGAAUGUUCCGGUUGCGCCACUCCCACAACAGGCCCAGGUGGCACCGGUGUAUGUGCAGGCUCCAGUUCCUCACCUACAGGCUCCGUUUCCAACCUUUAAUGGGACUCUUGACAACUGGUAUAGCUUCAAAAGCUUGUUCCAGAGUAUCAUGGCCCGGUACAUAAACGAAACUGAUGCCAUGAAGAUCUUGCAUCUUCGAAACUCGCUAACCGGCGAUGCGAAAGAUAAAAUCGACCAGGAAGUUGUUAACAACAGUGAUUAUGCCUCCGCCUGGAAGAUUUUGGAGGAUGCCUAUGAAGACAAACGCCUGAUUAUGGACACCCACAUCGACGCCAUUAUGGAUUGCCCGAAAAUCACAAAGGAUAACCGUGGUAAGUCCCUAUCGAAGCUCGUUGAGGAGACCCAAGAGCAAUGGGAAACAAAGUUGGGUAGUGGCAAUCUUCCUGAAUUUGAUGAAUUCAUGGAGUUCUUGCGCGAACGCGGACGUGUACUUCAGCGCACUCAUCGGUUACAACAGCCCCCAGUGCAUACGGGAGUAUCAGGUCCAGUGAAGCGACAACCAGUAAAUCAGAAGCUGCACGUGCCAUCUAACUCAUUCGUACAAGUUGCAAAGGAAAUAUGUCCAUGCUGCAAAGCAGAGCACUCGAUUUAUCGUUGUCCGAAAUUCCAAGGUAUGCCCCUACAUGAGCGAAAAACAGUUGUAACUAAAGCAACACUGUGCUUUAACUGUCUCAAGUCCAGACAUCGCGUCAUCAACUGUCCGUCGGAGCAGGGCUGCAAAGUGAAAGGGUGCGGUCGCAAGCAUCACAGCUUGCUUCACUACAACGAGCCCCGUCGAGAUGCGAAUCCAAGCAAUGAAGAAGAUAACGAAGAGCGUUCAGCGGAAUCGGAGGAGCAAGCACAAAAGAAGACCCCAGAGCCGCGCAGCAAUGCAACUACUCUUUGUGCUAAUGUCCAUGGUGCUAAACAGCAAGUAGUUCUCUCGACGGCACAAGUAUUAGUAGCGGGAAGGGGCAAUACGAUUGUCAAAUGUCGCGCUCUACUGGAUUCCGGAUCCGACAGCAAUAUCAUAACCGAGAAGCUGGCCAGCAAGCUUCAGUUAAAAAUGAUUGCUGUGGAUUUUCCUAUCAGCGGCUUGAACAGCAUGGAAACACGAGUGAAGUACCAGUUAGAAACACGGCUCCAGUCCUGUGUUAAUUCCUUCGCCACGUCACCGUUGGAUUUUCUUGUCGUCCCUCGAGUAACGUCGAGCCUACCGGUUCUAGAGAUAGACACCCGAUACUGGCCAAUUACAUCCGGACUAAGAUUUGCUGAUCCUCUAUUUUCUUCACCUGGUGAAAUAGACAUGAUCAUCGGAAACGAAUUGUGUUUCGACAUAGUCAAAAACGGCCGAUUCAAGCUCGGCAUCGACAACGUAACGUUAGCGGAAACGGAAUUAGGAUGGGUCGUGGCAGGAUCAGUAUCCAUCAGGAAAGCCCAGUCGUCUCGUCGUGUUUGUCAACUUAAUCGGAAUGAGGAGUUACUCAACCGCACAAUGUCAAGAUUCUGGGAACUGGAAAGUGUACAAAUGGAGACCGCUACAACUGCAGCUGAAGAUUUAGUUGAACAGCAUUUCAAGGACACUCAUUACCGCGAAGAAUCUGGGCGAUAUGUCGUGCGACUACCAUUUAAUGGUAUGGAACAUCAACUAGGUGAUUCCUUUGAAGUGGCCAGAAAGCGGCUAACUAGACUGAUGGUCCAACUUGCUAAGUAUCCAACUAAGCGUGGUGAGUACUACAAUUUUCUAUCCGAAUAUUUAUCACUGGGUCAUAUGACGGAAGCGGCUGAAUAUUCGGUUGGUCGUGGUUACUUUAUUCCACACCACGCUGUUUAUAAGGCUUCCAGUUCAACGACGAAAACAAGAGUGGUCUUUGAUGCGUCAGCGAAAACCAGUUCAGGCCUCUCGCUCAAUGAAACGCUCUUAGUUGGACCCACGGUGCAAAAUGACAUCGCAACGAUCCUACUCCGAUUCUGCAUCCACCCGGUGGUGUUGACCGCCGACAUUUCAAAAAUGUAUCGACAGGUGCGGCUGCAUAAAGAUGAUUGCAAAUACCAACAAAUUCUGUGGUGGGACAGUGAAGGGCAUCUGAAGGUAUAUGAGCUGCAAACUGUAACAUAUGGCGUAGCUAGUUCACCAUACCAAGCGACGAAGGUGUUGAUUCAACUGGCCAGUGACGAAGGCGAAGAAUUUUCACUCGGAAGGAAAGUUAUCCAGGAUGACAGUUAUAUCGACGAUUUUUUGACUGGUGGUUCGUCUGUCGAAGAAGUUAUUCGAAUCUUUUCGGAGCUAUCGGAAUUGUUGCGUCGUGGUGGCUUCGAAGUACACAAAUUUUGUUCAAACAGUGUGGAUGUGUUGAAUGCAAUUCCCAAGCAUCUCCAAGAGCAGCAGGUUAGCUUUGACGGAGCCGGCCUCAGCAACAGCAUCAAGACUUUGGGGUUGAUAUGGAACCCCCAGGAUGAUUAUUUCACGUUCCGUGCUACUACAGCUAAUGAUUGCAAUGGGGUGCCAACUAAACGCAAGGUGUUGUCGGAAAUUGGACAACUUUUUGACCCGCUUGGAUUUUUAGGUCCUAUUGUCGUGUAUGCCAAGUUAAUAAUGCAGGACAUUUGGCGAUUGGGUCUUGACUGGGAUCAGGAUCUUCCAGAGGAACUGUUGAGAACAUGGUAUCGAUUUCGGCAACAACUCCCAGUUGUGAAUCAAAUGCGCAAACCUCGUUGUGUAACUCAAGGAGACGUGACUACUGUAGAGCUUCAUGGUUUCUCGGAUGCCUCGAAGCGGGCCUAUGGAGCUGUCGUUUAUGUACGGAGCAUCACUUCGAGUGGGAAGGUCUAUGUCAACCUGGUGGCCAGCAAAUCACGUGUGGCUCCUCUCAAGCCGAUGACGAUACCACGACUCGAGUUGUGUGGUGCGAAGCUUCUGGCGGAAUUGAUUCAGAAGGUAAUAGCUGCAACAAAGAUGAGUUUUGAUAAUGUGAAACUGUGGUGUGAUUCCCAAAUAGUUCUGUGCUGGCUUAAGAAAUCACCUCUAGCACUAAAUCCGUUCGUAGCUAACCGUGUUGCUGCAAUUUUGGAGAUCACGCAAUCUUAUCAGUGGGGUUACAUACGAUCCGAAGAUAAUCCUGCUGAUGUAAUAUCAAGGGGUGAGCUGCCCGAAGAUCUGCUGCAAAAACAAUUGUGGUGGUGCGGUGCACAAAUGCUUUGGGAAAUACAGCUCACGUCAUGUGAACCUGAAUCGUUUGAUGAAUUGAUGCUACCUGAACUAAAACCAUCAGUGGUGUUGUCAGUUGUGAAGGUGAAACCGACGAUAGUGCUCAACAGACUCAGCAGUUAUAGAAGGAUCCAGAGAGCGUGGGCGUAUAUUCAUCGGUAUAUCGAUUGUAAGGUGUACAAGAAACAGGUGUCUGGUGAUAUUACUGUCGACGAGAUUAUGAGGGCUGAGAAAUCUGUAUUAUUGCUUGUCCAACGCGAAUCUUACGGAGAUGUUUUGAAGUCACUAAAAUCGAACUCCGUUCAGCAACACCCGUACCGAAAUCUGGCACUCUUUGUGGACGACGAUGGGUUAAUACGAGUUGAUGGUCGUUUAAAAUAUUCUUCUAUUCCGUAUGAUGGCAAGCACCAGGUGCUCCUACCACAGAAGCAUCACAUCACCGAAUCCAUUGUUCGUGGGCUGCAUCAAGAACAUUUUCACGUCGGCCAGAACGGGCUUUUAGCAAUCGUUCGUGAACGUUAUUGGCCUGUCCAUGCUAAGCAGUUGAUUAAAAAGGUGGUUACGUCGUGUCAGGUGUGUGCACGCCAGCGUCCCAUACCGGGCAUCCAGUACAUGGGUAACCUUCCCGGCUGUAGAGUCAAUCCGUCACCGCCAUUCUCCAAGGUAGGAAUAGACUAUGCCGGUCCAUUUAUGCUGAAACUUGGAGGCCGUAGUACAAAGCUGUACAAAGGGUACGUAGUUGUGUUUGUUUGCCUGGUCGUUAAGGCCAUCCAUUUCGAGGUGGUCUCCAGUUUGUCGACCGACAACUUCAUUGCGGCGCUAAAGCGAUUUUCCAGUCGUCGUGGUUUGCCGAGUGAUAUACACAGCGAUAACGCCACUACUUUUGUCGGGGCAAAUCACGAAUUGGCAGCUCUCAGGCAACUGUUCGAAGACCAGCAACACCAACUGAAAGUAAAGGAAUAUUGUAGAGCAAAAUGUAUCCGCUGGCAUUUCAUUCCCCCCAGAAGCCCACACUUCGGUGGGAUUUGGGAAGCGGGGGUGAAAUCAAUGAAAUAUCACCUCAAAAGGGUUGUGGGUGAAACCCGACUUACUUACGAGGAGAUGACCACCUUCCUCGCUCAAACGGAGGCCAUUCUCAACUCACGACCAUUGUGUCCAAUCUUUACCAGUGUACCGUCUUACGAAGAUGAGAAGGUGGGACGACUUGAUCGAUAUGAACACAUUCAACAAAUGCAGCAGCACUUCUGGCGCAAGUGGUCAAGCGAAUAUCUGCAUCAUCUGCAAGGCCGCCAAAAGUGGAACACGAAGGUGAACACAAGUUUCAAGGUCGGUGCAUUGGUCUUAUUGAUCGAGGAAAAUCAACCGCCGCAGCAAUGGAAACUUGGACGAAUUGCAGCUGUCCAUCCGGGUGACGACGAUGUUGUUCGUGUGGUGACAGUCAAAACCGCAGGAGGUGAAUAUAAACGAGCUGUGUCGAAGAUUGCUUUGAUGCCUUCUGUUGAAACUGAAUUAUCAACGGGGGGUGAAUGA